AACCAAAAAAAAAAAAAACCUAGGAGAGAGAAAUCGCUAGUUCAAUUUCGCAUUGCAUUUUGAGAUCUCGAUUCUUCAAUCCGUAUAAGGGAUUGGUUGCACAUUGGCUAUGGCGAAUUCUAAAGGUUCAUCAAACUUCAAAAAUUCUUUGUACUCUGGAAAGCAUGCUUUACUGCCUCCUAAAAGUCCAUUUCCUAGUGUUUCUCCGGCAUAUGUUGAUUAUGCGUCCAGUGCUGUAAUUGGACCGAAAGCAAUUCAAAAGCCCAGAGAGGGUAACAUACACCACCAGCGAACAUCUUCUGAGAGUCUCCUACUGGAAGAGCAACCUUCUUGGCUUGAUGAUCUCCUUAAUGAGCCAGAAACACCUGUGCGCAGAGGAGGUCAUCGACGUUCAUCAAGUGACUCUUUUGCAUAUAUAGAUGUAAUAAAUGCUUCUAACAUAGAUUAUGCAGCUCAGGAUGAGUACAGAUAUAAAAAUGUGGUCUCUGUUCCUUCUUGGAGAUCUCAAGAUUUGGAUUAUCACAAGGAUUCUAGGCAUGCCCAUUUCUAUAGUGAAGCACACUUGGGGAAGCCAAAGAACAGGGUAUGGGAAUCACCAGUGAAUACCAUGCCUCAUCCAAGUAGCCUUCCUUCUGCCAGGGAGAGUGUUCUGCAGAAUUCAGGAGCAUCAGGUGGAACACAUGAAGCGGAUGGUGUUACAUCUACAGCAAAUGAAAUGCUGGAGACAGCUGAAGCUGGUCCUCAUGAUUCAACAUCUUCUGAGAAAAAGGAUAAUUCCCAUACUAAGCCAUCUGAAUCUGACACGAAACGCGCCAAGCAGCAAUUCGCACAACGUUCAAGGGUCCGGAAACUUCAAUACAUAGCUGAGCUUGAAAGGAAUGUGCAAGCUUUACAGGCAGAAGGGACUGAAUUUUCUGCUGAGCUUGAAUUUCUUAACCAGCAGAACCUUCUUCUGAGCAUGGAGAACAAAGCUCUGAAGCAACGUUUAGACAAUUUAACUCAGGAGCAGCUCAUAAAAUGCUUGGAGCAGGAGGUAUUGGAGAGGGAGAUUGGAAGGCUACGAGCCUUGUACCAGCAGCAGCAGCAGCAGCAGCAACCACCACCAUCUUCUAGUCAUCGACGCUCUAGCAGCAGAGACCUUGAUUCCCAGUUUGCGAACCUAUCCUUGAAACACAAGGAUGCAAAUUCUGGUCACGACUCUGUGACUGGUCCACUCCGCAUUUAGAUAGAUGAUUUAGCUAGAGCUGUGUUGUGCCACUACUUUUCCACAAUUGGUGCUGCCCGCGUUAACAUUAAUUGUUGUUUCCCUUGUGCAGGAUAAAAACUGAGGUCUUCCAAGUCUUGGUGCCCCCCUCUCUGCCUGAUUUAACCACUUUAGUUUUUUCACUGUUUCUUUUUUCUCCUUUUUUUUUUCUUUUUUUUUCCUCCUCUUGAUAAAUUAUUAUUUUCUUUUGCACCUGGUAGUCAUUGCUCGAAAUUCACACUUCGAGGUCAUGAAUGACUCGCCCGAGGUGGUAACUUAAACCAGGUUCCACGUUUUGGCCUCUCAUGUAUGUUCCAAUUGUUAAAAAAGGUUGUAUGCUCUGCAGUUUUCUUCCAUUUAAAUCUCCACCCACAAGUCAACUGCAGAAAAAAAAGGUCAUUAGGGCUCUUUUCAAUGUGUAAGAAAUUUCCUUCCUGUAUUAUGUAUUAGCUGAAAUACAUUUUUCCUUUAUGAGUUCUUUAAUAGUUUAUAAUUUUGAGAUUGAUUUGGUUACAA